AUGUGCCUGCGCGCGGACCUUUCGGCCUCCGGCUCCGCCGUCGACUCCGCCACCAAAGUCCGCCUUCCGCCCGGGGAGGCCGCGGCGCUGCGGAGAAACCUUCCGCCGAUCCCCGGACUGGCAGAAAGCCUACGCGGCGGUGGAGCUGGGGGGCAUGCGGGGGAGGGGGAGGGGGAUGGCGCGCGGAUGGCGUGGCAGGUCCGCGGAGAGGCGGGCUUCAGCGCGGAAUUCGAGGAGAUGCGGCGGCGGCGGUAUGCGCAGCGGCUGGCGCAGGAAGCGGAAGGCGCGGGGAAUUCGCAGGCGCACGCGCGGGGGAUACUAGCGAGCGUGCAGGAGCCGAACGAAGCUGGCGCAGCGGAAGCUAGUAAUAGGGAAGAAAAUGUGGCAAUUUAUGUAGAAGCAGGGGACUCAGGGGACUCAGGCCACUCAUAUUCCAUCGCCCUGUUCCUUUCCCCCUCCCCUGUCUCUCCUCUUUCCCUCGUCUUUCCCCCCGCCUUCCCUCCUCACGCUUCCCUUUUCUUCCACCCUUUCCCUGUUCCCCCCUCCUUCCCUUUCAACCCCUCCUCCGCCUUCCCCCCCUCACCUGUACAGGUGGAGUUCCAGUUACCUCUAUCAGUCCCUCCCCACCUCCCUCACGACGAGCCCGCCACACCGUCUCUCGCCCACCCUCCCUCCCGCCCUCCAACAUCCCCUUCUCCUCCCGCUCCCCUCUUCCCUCGGGACCUUCCCCCAGCCCAUCCGCCCCACCAUCCCCCGCGCUCCCCCAUACCACACGCCACCACAGAGCCACGCCCACUCUCCCGCCCCCAGUCCCGCCACACCUCCCCCUUGCGCUCCUCGUCCCCCCGCCUCCCGCCCAGCAUGUCUCUCCCUGAUGUGCCCAUCCCCGCGUCUCUUUCUGAUUGGGCUGCCCAAGCUGCCCAUGAACGGCCUGUGGCAGAUCUAUUUAUCGACCCCUUGCCCCCCAAUUCCUCCCUUUCCUCCCCCUCACCAGACUCCCCUCGCUCCCCGCACUCCCCCCGCUCCCCUCGCUCUCCCCGCUCCUCCCGCUCUCCUCGUUAUCAACACGCCAGGUACUCCCCUCCCCGUCCUCACUCCCUACGCCCUCUGCAUUCCCCACAUUCCCAGCACUCCCCUGGAUCCUCUCCCUCCUCGCCUGUCACCCACCGGUCUCCAGGCUUUGAUAGCAGAAGCACAGGUACUGAAGCAUACAUGCAGCAUACAGCAGAUCUGGGUCAAGUACCUGAUGAGACCUUGCCCUCCUCCUCUUCGUCUCGUUUAUCCCUGGGACUCCAUACAGCAAGUUUAUCACCAUCCUCGUCGUUGGCAGCGGUAGGAGCAGGGGGAGCAGGAGCAGUGGCAGGAGCAGUGGCAGGAGCAGGAGCAGAAGCAGCAGAAGCUGCAGAUGCAGAAGGUGCAGCAGCAGAGGAACAGUCAGGGCCCCUCUCACCCUCAUGCAUGGCGGGACCUGCCCUCCCCUCCUUUUCCAGUGUCAUGUCUGCAGCAAGUGGUGAGACGUUCUCACAGGAUUUUAAACGUUACCAGCAGCAGCGAUCCAAAAGCAAUCUUGAGGCGCCUCUGAAGUCAACACCCGGCCUCCCUUCAUUUUCCAGUGUCAUGUCUGCUUCUAGUGGCGAGACGUUCUCACAGGACUUUAAACGGUACCAGCAGCAGCGAUCCAAGAACAAGGAGCAGGGAUGGGGGUUGGAGGCUGAGGGGAUGGGUGAGGAUGGGGAUGGGAAGGGGGAUGGGAAGGGGGAUGGGGUGGAAGGCGGGGGGGAGAGAGAGGGGAGGGGUGUGAAGGGAGGUGGAGGAGAAGAGGGUGAGUGGAGUGAGGAGGAUGAUCUUGUGGGGGGUGUGCCUCUCUCUCUAAUGAAGGCUCGUGGAGUGUCGUUGCCUUGCGUGCGCGCGCCUAAGGUUAGAGGGGAGGACGAGGGAGAAAGGGAGGGGGGUCACGCCAAACGGGGACGGUACCCCAUACCCCGGCUGCGCACGCUAGCAGAGAAGCUCCGCCUACCCCCCGCUGCGCUGCCAUGGGCGCUGCUAUCCCUAGCCGCCGUCGUGCUCAUGCUCCUCGGAUCCCUCUGGACUUCCCAGCAGACCUCCGCGCGGCACGAGCAGAUCGUGUCGCAGCUGCUCCGGGAAAAAGAGGCUCUUAAGCUUAAUUUCGACGAGGUGAUUACGAAGAAGUCGCACGGCCAGGCGGAAUUAGACGGGCUCCGGCAGCAGGUGGCGCAAUUGACGGAGGAGGUGGGGAAGAAAACAAAGGAAGCGGCGGAGCUCGCGGCUAAGGCGCAGCAACUAGCGGCCGAUUUAGACAAAGCUAAGACGGACACGACCGCGGUAGACGGAUUGAAAAAAGACAUGGAGGAGCAGAAGAAGAAGCUUACGGAAGAGCAGCAGGCAGCAGCGGCGAGAGCAGCCAAGGCGGAGGAGGAAGCGAAGAAAUGCCGAGAGGAAGCAGCAGCAAAGGAGAAGAAAUAUGUGACGGACGUGCGCGAAGGGAAGGUUGCUCCGCCAGGAGCGGAGGAAAUCGCGGAUCUGCUGGAUCUAUCCGUUAACCUCACGCAGCGCGUGCUGAAGCUGGAAGGCGAAGCGACCGCUGAGAAGUUUCAGACGGAAGCGAGAAUAAGGACGUUGCUAGAGCAGGCGGUAGGGAGCACCGCGGAGUACCCCGAGGCGCUGCGGCAGGAUCUAAAGACCACGCGCGACGCCUGCGUGCGCGCGGGGUACGCGUCGACCGAGUUGAAACGAACCGUAGCGGAUCUGUCGAUAUACAAGCACAAGCAGAACGUCGCGGCCGCUGCUGCUGCGGCAGGGAAAACCGGGGGGGCAGCAGCGGCGGAAGGGGAGGAAGAGCCCGCAGGGCCGCUGGCUGUCUGUCGCUCCGCGCGUUGCAAGGCGACAGACGAGGAGCUGAGCCGGUUUAUGAACUACACAGAGAAGGAGGUUUGCCCGGACGACUGGCAUUUCGUCCAGGAGUUGAUCUUCGACCGUGGCUGCCAUUCCCUGCCGCGGCGCCGCUGCUUCGCGGCGAAUUUCACGGGGUUUGAGGACCCGGUGCCGUUCCCGAAUGCUCUAUGGAACGAGAGUGCGCUCAUGGAUACCAACGUCAACUGGGAGCACCACACGUGCAAGUCCUUUGCGUGUUUGAAAUCCGGUCCGGGGCAGGUGAAUGACUGUAAGGACUGCUUUAAUCUUGACGUGGAGAAGACGAGGUGGAAGGGGGGGAUCAGGGGGACUAUUUCCAUGGAAGAAGUUUUUCAUCUGACCAACAACACGCUCCGCAUAGGGCUGGACAUUGGCGGCGGCUCGGGCAGUUUUGCUGCCCGGAUGCAGGAAUUCAACUGCACGGUGCUGACCACAGGGAAGAACUGGGCCAGUCCCAAGGAAAAAAACUCUACGGAACCCACUGGGGUGCCUUAUAUGGAAGCGGUUGCAGCAAGGGGGCUCGUGCCGCUGUACCUGCCCUUCUCGGCGCGGUUACCGUUCUAUGACAACACGAUAGACGUGAUUCACACGGGCACAAGCAUCAACGACGUGGAUUUCGAGGAGUUCGAGGAGAUGUUUUAUGACUGGGACCGCGUUUUGAGGCCUGGUGGGGUGAUCUGGUUCGACCUGUUUUACUCCCAGGUGCGCAAGAUGCCAUUGUACAUGGAGAUAGUGGACAUGUUCAAGUACGACCAGCUACACCGUGCUGUAACACCGUCUCUGGGCGCUGCUGGCCUUUACGUGCACAUGAGCUUCGUGCUGCAGAAGCCACGGCAGAGAGAUUUCACCCUUCCCCUGCCUGAACCAUUUGAGUGA